AUGGCGGUUCGAGCGCAAUUUGAGAAUUCUAAUGAUGUUGGUGUGUUUGCGACGUUGACGAAUUCCUAUGCGAUUGUUGCGAUUGGAGGAUCGGAGAACUUUUACAGCAUAUUCGAGUCUGAGCUGCAAGAUAUCAUACCCAUAUGCCAUGCUUCCAUAGCAGGAACAAGGAUCGUUGGACGUUUGACCGCUGGAAACCGAAAGGGACUCUUGGUCCCUACGACCACAACUGACCAGGAACUGCAACAUUUACGUAACUCGAUUCCGGAUAGCGUGAAGGUCCAGAGAACAGAAGAGAGACUAUCGGCUUUGGGUAAUGUCAUAUGUUGUAACGACCAUGUGGCUCUCGUGCAUCCCGAUCUAGAGCGAGAAACGGAAGAAAUAAUAGCAGAUGUUCUUGGUGUCGAAGUAUUCCGCCAGACAAUCGCGGACAACGUUCUAACGGGCUCCUACAUGUCCCUGUCCAACCAAGGUGGAAUCGUCCACCCAAAAACCUCGAUACAAGAUCAAGAUGAACUAUCCUCCCUCCUACAAGUCCCGCUCGUUGCCGGAAGUGUCAACCGAGGUUCCGCCGUCGUCGGUGCUGGGAUGGUCGUCAAUGACUGGCUAGCGAUUACUGGACUGGAUACCACAGCUACGGAGCUGAGUGUCGUGGAGAGCGUGUUCAAGCUCGGCGAGGGUGCCAGCGGUGCCGGAACUGCUACCAAGGAGAGCAUCGUGGAGAGUUUCUACUAG